ACCAAGCAAUGGGCAAGCAAGCACAUUGCCGGCCAUCAGUUAACAAACGCGACUGAGCUGAGAAAUGUGUAAAAGCGAAGCUCCUGUUACUUUGGUGAAAUAAAUGAUUAGAUCUUCAAAUUAGUUAAUAUGAGUAAUCAGACAAUUGAGUCAAGUAGCAAUACAUCCAAAGAGGCCCGAAAUGUUGAAUUUAUCGGGAUCUGCGACGAUUCAGGAUUUGCAAGCAUAUCCGGAUCUGUAGCUACAGAUUCAGUACCUUUGGAUGAAGACUCACAUAGUUCAAUUGCUGACAAUGUCACAUUUAACCAGACACCCCUGGAAACAACGAUACAUGAGAAUACUUCUCUGCCAAAAGUUUUGGGUAAGAAACAAUUACGCUUGCAAGCUGAAAAAGAGAAAAAACUUGCGGCGACAGAGAAGUACAAUCAAGAUAUUAGAGACUCGAGAUAUAAAAGACUGAUGCAUCUUCUCGAUCGCAGUCAGUUCUAUGCUAACUAUUUAGUUCAAAAGAUAGAUGCGUCUAGCCAAAAACAAACGUUGAAACCAAACCUCAAGCGGAAGACAAAAGUAAAGGAUGAGAACGCUCCACCAAAAAAAAAAACAAAGAAGCCUCAGGAUUGGCAAGAUUAUAACAUCAGUGAAUACAUGACCAAAGAAAACAUGAAUGUGAAAGCAGAUCAGAAGAACUUGAAUUCCAGCCAAGAAGAAAUCAUUGGCGAUACAGAUGCCGUAAAAUACGAGCUUAAAGAUCAUGGAGAUGUGAAAUUGAAAUAUUUCAAUGGCAAAUUACGUGAUUACCAGAUUCAGGGCUUGAGAUGGCUUCAAGUACUUUAUGAAAAUGGUGUUAAUGGAAUAUUGGCAGAUGAAAUGGGUCUAGGAAAGACUAUUCAAGUGAUUGCAUUGAUUUGUCACCUUGUGGAAAAAAAGAUACCAGGGCCUUAUUUAAUUAUUGCACCACUUUCAACCAUUCCAAACUGGCUUACGGAGUUCGAAAAUUUUGCACCAAAAAUACCCGUUGUGUUGCUCCAUGGAAAUCCAGAAAAACGAAACCAAGCUACAAAAAAGAUCACUAAAUUUGCCAAGAUUGAUGAACACCAAACCCAACCAGUAGUUCUAACCACCUUUGAGGUACCUUUACAGCAGGAAUAUUUUCUCAGGAUGCAGCAGUGGAGAUACAUUAUCAUUGAUGAAGGGCACAGAAUCAAGAAUUACAAAUGCCAACUCUUACAGGUUCUUAAGAAAUGUCAAUCGAUGAACCGUCUUUUGCUAACUGGUACCCCACUUCAGAAUGACCUAUCAGAAUUGUGGUCUUUGCUGAAUUUUCUGUUGCCGGAAAUUUUCAAUGAAUUGGCUGUAUUUGAAUCUUGGUUUGAUGCUAAUGAGCUACAGGAUGAAGAAGGGACCGCAAGAAUUCUCAAACAGGAAUCAGAGAAACAAGUGUUAUCGAGUUUGAGGGAGAUACUGAAACCAUUCAUGCUUCGACGUCUCAAGUCAGAUGUUUGUUUAGAUAUUCCUGCUAAAAAGGAAGUGGUGGUCUAUGCUCCCAUGACAGAACUACAACACGCCUUGUACAAAGCGGUUCUGGACCGUGAUAUUCAUGUUCUUAGUAAAAUCGAAGAAGAAUCUCUAAUAUUGCCUGAAAUUGAUGGUCAACGUCCAAAAAGACGGUGUACACUUAAAGCCAAUCAGGUUGAGUCUGCAACUCGUGCAACUCGUGCUAAUCGCGAACGCCACUAUUCUCGAGAAUCUACCCCGUCUGGUGAUGAAACUGCUACUAUGAAAUGGGAACGAAAUACCUCACCAAAUGAAUCCAAAUUAACUGAGUGGAAGCAAUACACAAAUAUUGAUGACCGUAACAGAGAUUUUUUUAUACGUGUUCAGACCAAUCAAAGAGGUGUUAUGUAUAAAAAAAUAGUGAAUCAUCCCUACCUGAUUCAUUGCCCCCUAGGCUUUGACGGUCUACCUAAAAUUGACGAAGAGCUUGUUAAAAGUUCGGGAAAACUUCUAGUGCUGGACGCGAUGUUGCAAAAGCUCAAGGCGGGUGGCCACAGAGUUCUUUUAUUCUCUACAUGGACCAUGAUUUUGGACGUACUGGAAGAUUAUCUUAAUAUGAGAAAGUUUUCUUAUGUACGAUUGGAUGGAACAUUUAAGUUCGAGGAGAGACAAAGAGACCUUAAACUCUUCAAUUCCGAUCCAAACAUAUUCGUAUUUCUAAUAACGACCAGAGCUGGAGGAGUCGGAUUGAAUCUGAUGGCCGCUGAUACAGUCAUUAUUUAUGACAGUGAUUGGAAUCCUCAAGCUGACAUUCAAGCCAUGGCGCGUUGCCACAGAAUUGGUCAAACACGUCCUGUUGUCGUAUAUAAAUUAUGCACAAGAGGAACUAUCGAUGAACGAAUCCUUAAUCGUGCUGAAGCAAAGCGAAAACUAGAAAAGAUGGUCAUAUCUAAAGAUCUAUCGCGAUUGAACCUCAUGAAUGUGGAGAAUUUAGUGCAUCUAAAAAACCUCUUACAAUCUAGUGAAAACUCGAUCGUAACCGCAGAAAAAGAUGUUUUUACAAAAAAAGAGCUGGACGACCUCAUGGAUCGGAGUGACUUGUUGCCAAAGAUGAAACAAGAGAACACAGAAAAGGCGGAAGAGAAUAUCUAACUCAAAUUCAACAAAACAGCUCGAUUAAAAAUUUGAAAAGUGUUGAAGACACAACCACCUCCAAUAUUGUUAUUAUUAUUAAUAUUUUCAUUCAAGUGUAAAGGGGUCAUAAGCUUUGGAAUCAGAGUGAUUUCAUUCGAAGAAAAAAAAAGUUGACUUCAAAUUAAAAGAAAAAACUAUCCUAGAUUUAAGGGAUGUAAAUACAUUCUAUAAAAACCUCUGAUAUUAUUAUUGUUAAUACCGAUGUGCAAAAACGUCGAGAGCUUCUUUCAAACUUGUCUCGUACAUAGUAUUUUUUUUGUAUUAUCGUUCAUUGUUUUAUUUUCGUACUUAUUUAUUUUGAUGUAAUAUAAUUGUUUUGUACUGAUUAAAAAAAUCGAUCUACUCUA